AUGUUGUCGUACUUCUUCGGAGGUUCAUCCAGUGGUGGUGGAGGGAAGAAUAGAGAUCUGCCCAAGCUAGCUAUCGUCGAGCUAAGAGAACAAAUCAACUUACUUUCAAAGAAACAAUCACAUCUGCAAACACAGAUACUCAAGCAGGAGAAUGAUGCUCGUAGUUUCCUGGCCAAGAACAAUAAGAAUUUGGCCAAAAACUCACUCAAGAAGAAAAAAAUCUAUGAAGCUCAACUUGGCAAGUUAGAGGGUCAAAUGGAUACCCUUGAACAACAACUCUUCUCCAUAGAGUCUGCAAAUCUGAACUUGGAGACCAUGCGGGCCAUGAAACAAGGUGCCAAGGCUAUGAAAUCCAUGCAUAACGGUUUAGAUAUUGAUAAAGUUGAUGAAACUAUGGAUGAAAUUAGAGAACAAGUUGAAUUAGGUGAAGAGAUCAGUGAUGCUAUCUCGCGGCCAAUGUACACUGGGGCAAAUGAAGUGGAUGAGGAUGAAUUGGAUGAAGAACUUGAUAUGCUGGCACAGGAAGCUACCCUCAAUGAACCCGCGCAGCCAGUAAAGGAGGAUAGAGUGGCGUUACCAAAUGCUCCACAGGAUAAGAUACAACCGUCUACGAAAGAGGAAGCGCCACAGGAAGAGGAGGAUGAAGAUGAACGUGCAUUAAGAGAGUUACAAGCGGAGAUGGGACUAUAG